UUGGGCGAGUUGCUGGGUCCUUGUAGAGUGGGUUCCUACCUGUUUGGGUGUUUUAUUUUAUAUUUUUUUUCCCCUUCCCUUCCCCUCCCUCUGCCUAACGUGUGCCGGGGGGGGGGGAACGGUGGGAUUGGCAGGGUGGCUAUUCCCCAGCCUCUCCGGAGAAAACUCGGGGAAGGGAGAGCGCCUUCACGCCCAUGGAUGCGUGGGGGGGCCCCGCGCCCCGCUGGAGCCGCCGCCGCGGGGCCCGGCUGCUGCUGCUGCUGCUGACCGUGCGGCUGGGGAGCGGAGCUGAUAAAGCAGAUGAUGAGGAUGAUGAAGAUCUAACAGUGAAUAAAACAUGGGUCCUUGCACCAAAGAUUCAUGGUGGGGAUGUAACUCACAUACUGGACUCCCUACUUCAAGGAUAUGACAAUAAGCUUCGGCCAGAUAUUGGGGUGAGAACCACGGUAAUUGAAACAGAUGUCUAUGUUAACAGCAUCGGCCCAGUUGACCCAAUCAAUAUGGAAUACACUAUAGAUAUAAUUUUUGCCCAGACUUGGUAUGACAGUCGUCUAAAAUUUAACAGCUCGAUGAAGGUGCUUAUGCUUAAUAGCAAUAUGGUUGGAAAAAUUUGGAUUCCAGACACUUUCUUCCGGAACUCAAGGAAAUCUGAUGCUCACUGGAUUACAACUCCAAAUCGUUUGCUUCGAAUCUGGAGUGAUGGAAGAGUAUUAUACACUCUAAGGCUGACAAUUAAUGCUGAAUGCUAUCUUCAGCUUCAUAACUUUCCUAUGGAUGAACACUCCUGUCCACUGGAGUUUUCAAGCUAUGGUUAUCCCAGAAAUGAAAUUGAAUACAAAUGGAAGAAAACAUCUGUUGAAGUGGCAGAUCCAAAAUACUGGAGAUUGUAUCAGUUUGCGUUUGUAGGGUUACGAAAUACAACUGAAAUUUCUCAUACCUUGUCUGGUGAUUAUAUUAUUAUGACAAUCUUCUUUGAUCUCAGCAGACGUAUGGGAUAUUUUACUAUUCAGACAUAUAUUCCAUGUAUACUCACAGUUGUUCUUUCAUGGGUGUCAUUUUGGAUCAAUAAGGAUGCAGUUCCUGCAAGGACUUCUCUGGGCAUUACAACGGUGCUGACCAUGACAACGUUGAGUACAAUUGCUAGGAAAUCACUCCCAAAGGUUUCCUAUGUGACAGCAAUGGACCUUUUCGUGUCAGUUUGCUUCAUUUUUGUGUUUGCUGCCUUGAUGGAAUAUGGUACCUUGCAUUACUUUACCAGCAACAGAAAAGGGGACAAAGGAAAAGAGAAGAAGACAAAAUCUAAGCCAUCAAAACCACCUGCAAUUGCUGUUCGACCUGGAUCAACACUAAUUCCAAUUAAUAACAUUAAUCAUCUCCCUGAACGUGAUGAUGAUUAUGGAUAUGAGUGCCUAGAGGGGAAAGACUGUGCUAGCUUCUUUUGUUGUUUCGAAGACUGCCGCACAGGAUCUUGGAGAGAAGGAAGGAUACACAUCCGUAUUGCAAAAAUUGACUCCUAUUCUCGAAUCUUCUUUCCAACUGCCUUUGCAUUGUUCAAUCUUGUUUACUGGAUUGGCUAUCUUUAUCUAUAAAUUUCAGAGGUUUGACAAACUCAGAAAAAAAAAUGCUAAUUGAACAGUCAUUAACACUUUUCAGUGAGCAGUCAAAGAUUAGAGCUGGUCCAAAAUGACUCAAAUUGUUUGGAUACUUUAAAAAAUUGAAACAAUGAGAAGAAAUAUGGUGAUGUAGUCUCCCUCUUGUGAUCAACUAUAGAACUGAUACUGGUAUUUUGAAGAGAAAAUUUAAAAAUAAAUACCCCUAAGAUUUAACUUGCUUCAACACACACCUAUUUUUGUCCAGCUCUAACAAAAUGCAGAGUCAAGAGGCUACACUGUUUAACUGGACAGUUCUACAUAAGCUUUCAGUUUUAAUCCUAAAUGAUAAUGCAGAUGAAUUUUGUAGCAUCUCUUACACCUUUACAAAGAAAGCCUUAAUAAAAUGGGAUUAGUUAUUCUCAUCCAUUUCAUCUAUAAGGUGAUGAUUUUAUUAAUCCCUGAUUUUAAAAAGUUGAAAUGGAACAUUUCUAUUUUUCAACCAGCCAUUUGUUCUCUGCAGUAUGUUAAAAAAAGUGAUUAAGUCAUAAUUCACAUGUAUCACAAAAAACCCCAAGGAUAAUUCUGAGCUUGUCUUAUCCUGACCAUUGAUACAGGCUUUUGGCUUUCAACCUUAGAUUACAUUUAUGUCUGUGCUCCAUCUGCCGUUACUUCACUGUUGUGAGUUCCCCAAAGUUCUCCGAGAGGGCCGCAACUUCCAAAAAUUCCUACCCAGCUGCCAUUGCUUGCUCAUUUCAUAGAAACCAGACUGAUGUUGCCUGAGAUUCUGGCCAUUAAGCUUAAUGCUCUUCACAUCCUCCCCAUUCCUCACUCCUUUGUCCGAUUCAUACUCAGGGCCAGAGAAAAAGUCGUAACUCUACAUUUGGUAGAAGUUGAAUCAUCAGAGUUUGGAAAACCUGUAACAGUGUUAUAGUCAUUGUAUUUAAAGCCACUUUGUUAAAUCUCCAGCCCUAAGAGUGUAGUGUGUGACCUGCUCCACUUUGCAUACAGUAUGGUUUUGUAGAUUCUGCUUGUUACUGCGUACGUUACUCACUGAGCCAAAGCCGAAUGGUAUGAAUUUACUGAACCUGUGUUAUGGAUUGCUCUGUAAUUACCUCCUUGAUAUUUGUUUGUUUCUAAUGGUAAAGCCCUGGUUUGGGGUGGGGGUCGGGGUGGUGUGUGUUAAAAUAAUCCAUAUGCGUUGCAGAUCCUUCUCCAAGGUGGGAUGUUGCCCCUCAGAAAUCAUAGGAGCAGUUUUCCAGCCUUUCUGUGGUCAGAGCUUCUGUUCCCUUUGGUAGCCGUUCUUCAGUGUUAGCCUUUCUGGACUGACAUCUCUGUGUUGACUAUUGCUGGUUGGCAGCAUUCAGUAUCUAAUUUCUAUUUUUAAAUCCAUUGUCUUCAUUAUGGAAAAGAGUCUUUCCUCCUUUAUCGAAAAAACCCCACCCCUGGUCUCAAAUGGGCUUGCAAAAAUCACUGUAAAAUUAAGAUAUGCAUUAAGUAAAAGUCAGAAUUACACAGAAGACCUUACAGAUCUUUAAAGAGGAUUAAUGGGAUUAGCAUUUGGCUGUAGGUAAGGAUGUUCAGUACUGGAGAUAAAGACAUGAUUAAUGGCUAAUAAUAGAAAAUGAUACAUGAAGGACCCCUCCCCCCCAAUAUUUCUGUUGAAUGUGCUCCCUCCUCUGAAUUUCUCAGAAAAGAUUAAUGUAUUUUUAUAUUCUAGUUGGUACCAGACAUAAUAAGAUAUGAUAUGCAAUACACAUUUCAGAUGAAAUGUUACUGCAGUGUUCACCCCUGAAGUUUAAUAGAGAAUGAAAGACUAUGUGCAGUGAUUCUGGAAGAAAGUGUGACACAGAAGAUCCCAUUUCAAUGCAAACUUUAUUUCAGUAUUUAGCUGAUAAAAUAUGAAAAUGACUGAGAAAAUCUGAAAGCCUGCUGUCGAGGUUGGCUGACAUUAUUUGUUGCGUGACCUUUCUGAACACCAACUUCUUCUGGCUGUUAAGCUGAGCAUAGAAAUACAGCAUCAUUAACAACACUGAUCUACUAUAGUGUAUUGUUUCUUUAGAGUCUCAUUUUCAGAAAAUGUUCAGUACAAUAGAAAAGUGUCAGUUUUAAUUCCGUAGUGCAGUUUGAUGCCUUUUGACAGCACACUAAACACAUUCCUCUGUAGGAGGGAUGAAGGUGGCUUCAGCAGCAGGAUGUUGGAUGUGUACUUGAAAAGCAGUCUACUCGCUAUACAAUACAAGGCCCAGAUUUUGUGAGCUCCCGGUUUCAUUAAUUCACCUUUAAACAAAAGGAACUUGAAAGAACUUGGCACUUCACAAGGGGAAAUACAAAUUUCACAGCCUGCUCUCCUCUGGCACAUCUAGUUAGCUUUUUCUGUUCAUGUGGUUGUCAGUUGCCAAUCAGCCUCCAGUGACUGAAUUGGAGAACAGAAAACAUCCUGAAUUGGCAAGGGAUGGAUAAGAAGUCUUUCAUCUCUAAUUUCUGUGAAACAAUGUAAUGGAGUAUUAAAGCUAUUGAAUGUUAUGGCUGUUUGGCUUAUGGAUACACUUGCUUCUGUCUGUUGACAAACUUUUCUGUGUACUUCAUUUGUUUCUGAUGAAAUAAUUUUGGUUUCCCAUAGUACUGUGAGUGCAAAUAGAAAUGGGAAUGUAGUGAACUGUAACAUGGCAUGUAAUAAAUAUGUUAUUUUAGUCCUAUGUGUUUUCUUUCUAAUCUGCAUGUAAACACUCGAGUCUAAGAAAUCUGAGUGAUACUCCAAAAAAUGGCAAGAAACAGACACUAUAAUUACUUGGACUUAGAUGCUGCAAUCGUUUUUCAAACCUACCUGGAUAGAAGUUCAUUUACUGAUAGCUGGGAUCUCAUUUACUGAUAGCUGGGAUCACAGUAUUUGGAGUCAUAUUAUACUGACCAUUACGGCUUAAGCACAUGCUUAAACUUACUACUAAUCAGUACUGUAAUUAGACCAGAAUUCAGAAAAGCAUGUGCUUAUGUAUUGUCAUAAAGAGUGAUGCUAUCCUGAAUUGAUGCCAUUAACACAUGCUUAAUUUGCACUAAUUUCUAUAACGAGUGUUCAGUAGCUCAAAUGAUUGAACGUUAAGGACGUGAGCCAGAGCCUCUUAAGGAGUUUUCUCACUGAAAGAGAAGGACAUAAGAGGAGAAAUUGCCAUAAAGGCAGAGAGGUGAAAGUCUGGGGAAACUGUUUUAUACUGCACCUAUCUUAGGCACCUCCUGAAAUGUAUUUUUCAAAAAAACUUUUCCUUGAUAUUUCUGUAUUAGUGUUCACCAGUUGUCUGUUUUAGUAGUGAGUACAGCUCAGUGUGUUAUUUUUUGGUAAGGUUUUGUCUGUGAUUGUAUCUCACUGAUCUUCAGUGCAUGUCUUCCGUGUCUGAAUGAAUCUAUUUUAUGUAGUGGCAGUGCAACCAGUGCAUGAGCUUUUAUGUUCACAUGUUGAUGUGCUUCAAAGGCUUUAACCUUACCCAGUUUUCUGACAUUCAGAGACAUAGGAUUGCAUAAGAGUUUGAAGGAGAAUCACCUCCAACAUGGUUUUUACAAUUUUCUGUUGCUUAUUUGCUGUGGUAGUAAAAGAUUUGUUUAAAAUUGAUACAUGACUUUUCAAUUGAAAGCCCAACAGGAGGAGUCUGGAUUUAAAUAUCUAUUGGCCCAAAGUAAGAUACGUUUUGUUCAAUUGCAUCAGUCAUCAUUUCAGUUUACUGUUUCUAUAUACCAGACAAUUAGUGCAAAUACAUCUAAUUUAAUUUUUUUAAAUAGUUAAUAUAAUUUUUAAUUCAUUGUUGUUUAUCUCAGUUAUACAUUAAAUGUCAUCUUUUUUGUUUUUGAAAUAAUACUGUAUUUUGUAGUCAUUAUAAUAGAUAUCGAAAAUAGAAACGAAUGUAGAGUUCCUCAGCUAAAGAAUACAAGGCCAGGAAUUAGAAAGAAUUGCUGUGCUUUCUGUUUCUGAAGAAGUUCAGUGAAUGUCCACGUGCACCAUGAAGGUGCUGUGGGGGAUACUGACUCAUGGGGAGAGAGGUAGAAUAUUCUCUGAGCUUUAGAAAAGGCCUCUGCAUUGGUUCAUGCCAUGGGCUCGCUACCCAAGUGUUGAAGUCAAGGAAGGGAAUAGAUCUGUCCUUCCUUUUUCAGUCAUCUCUUGCUUCUGCUUCACUUGUGCCAGCAAUAGCAGUUGUAAAGCCACGUUGCCAGAUGAAUCAAAACCUGAAAAUUUAUCUUAAUUUUACUCUUUUGUAAAUUAAUGUUUCAACCAGAUGAGUGGGAUCAUCUGACUGAAUGUGCAAGACAAUGACCAUUUGUUCGAGUCCAAGACAGGAGCUUGCAGCUGGAGGCAGAGGGCUGGCUUCUUAUGAUGGGCAUAGUUCAUUCCGUUGAGAAUCUGCACUGAAAGCUGGUGUGGAGGAAGAGCAAAGAUGGGGGAGAAAAGGUUGCGGGGGAAAGUGAUUCCAGAAUCCAGUGCUGUGGAUCUGAGUGACUUAUAUUUAGUUAAUAGGUUUCUCACUAGUAUCUGUGAUAAUGCUCUUGAUUUCCUUGUGACAUAAUUAAAUCUCUUUUUUUAAAUAAAAAAAAAAUACUGUGCAUUUCUUAUAUACCAAUUAUAGACUGAAUGAGCAAUAGACAGUUAUCUUGGGUGAUCAUUCUGGUGAAAUGUCAGAUAGGAAAUUGGAAAUCAGGUUAAAUCAGAAAAAGGUUAUCUUUUUUCUCCUUUUAUUAUUAAUGAUAAAACUAUUUUUAAAAUUAUUGAGUAUUCAUUAGUACAAUAUACACUGGGAAAGAGCUAGUACCCUCGAGGGCUAAAACAUUUAGGAAUAGAAACCUGAGCCAGACUGCAUUCGGUCAGUGAGCCCCUCUCUCCUUCAGGGAGUGGGGAAGGCGGAUUGUGAUCACGUCAGGCACUAGGAUAGCCGCUGCACUCCAGGGAGGUUGGUAACAGUUUCUGGUUAAAAGGAAGGGCGAAUUCUGCCUGCUAGACUGUAAUAUGAAACAUGCUUCCCUUCAGAAGACGGAUGUGUGCUAUGACUUCCAGAAGAAUGGAAAAGCAUCCCGGCACUUGAUGCUUAUCUUUGUACCGGAGUUGACUGUCGUGUUGUGAGGCGCUGCGGUAUUCCCCGUGUGGUAUAGGGGGAGAGCUUUGAUUGCACGCCGUGGCAAAGCGUCUAAGUCUUGUGACAGGGCUCAGUAUUGUGGGUUCUGAGUUUUCUUUUGGAUCUGUUAUGAUGCUAGCGAAAAGGCAGUGAAUGCUAAACUUUAGAUGUUAUUUACUAGUAAAUGUGACUGAGAAAGCCAGAGCGUUACAAAGGCUUUAGAGGAAACCUCAGACAGCCCAUGGAGAUAGAUUAGCUAAAACUGUAAUAGGCUAAAGGACCUAGCCCUUUUUUCCAUAGGUGGGUCUUGUUGCCCACUAGCAAUAUAUUGUUUCUAAAAAAACCUUAAAAACCUCAUGGCACUUCAAGGGGAAAAAAAAAAAUCUGUAAAAUUCCUGGGCAAUCUUAUUCCCUUUCACAGUAUCUGUGAAAAUCUUGUUUUGCCUGCAUAUUUUGCUUAUGGUAGAUCAACAUCACUUGAGUUGCGUGCAGAGAGCCACAGGGGAUGCAAGACAGAAGACCUAUAAACAGCUCCACCUUGUUCUUCCUCUUAGUUCCUGUUCUUAGUCAAGAAAAGAGUUUCAGAAGAACAGGUAUAUGGCAUGUGUAAGUGAGGACAGUUUUGCUGCUGACAACAGGGCCUGAGUCCAGGUAGCUGACAGGAUCAAGAAAGACAGUAGUUUGCUUGCAGUAAUAAUGCUUCUCUUUCGUAAUUCUUUGUAGCAGCUGCUUUUCCAUACAUCUCUGCGUGCCUAUCUGUAACUCAAAUGUUUUUCAGGUUGGAAGCAAUUCUUUUGUGUGUUUAUGGCUUCACAGAAUGAUCUUUAUCAUCAUGGUUUGAGCCUUGCUGAAUUCAAAAGAAAAGGUUUCCCCUUGAAGCCUCCCUUUCCGGGAAUUGCAGGUAGGAGAUGUCUUGCCACCAAACAUUGGAAGAGUGAUUUUCAGUUGAUCCAGGUGAGGAGGCAGACUGGCUCUGUAGGGCGACAUUAAGAUUGCUUUGUCAUUUAGACUUCAAAAAGUUGAAGACUGUUAACAGUGAUGACCAGUACUGCCCCCACAGAGGAUAUAUUACUUUUGCCAAUUCAAUAUUUAGAAACAAAAAUCAAAACCAGCCACUGUGGGUGGGAAGUGAGGAUGAGUCAUCAUUUCACUGAAGAAGUCUUAUCUCCCCUUGAAUUGUUUUUCCUCCUUAGGAAGACAGUAAAUAGGAAUCUUUUGGUUUGUGAAGUCUGCAGAAAGCAUGUCAUGGUCAUUUUAAACAGACAAAGUCAUGUUUGUUCCUCUGCCCACUGACAGCCUAGAAGCAGGAACAAUGAAGGGGCUUGCACAAUGGCUCAGGUUUUCCAAGACAGGUAAAUGUGGACAUUUGUGUAUUCAUAGGUCCACGGUAAAUAAUCAAUCUGUGUUCAUGCUUUAGUCACUGAAAAGAAUCUUAAUGGUUUGUGUGUCUUCACAGUGUCUUUAAUAUUUCCCACUGUUUUCCACUGUGAAUGCUUAGACUUUUUGUCUGAACAUGAAGGGUUGUGCAAUACCAUUACUUACUGUUUAAAUUGCUAUAGAAUAUAAAUACUUCCUUAAAUGAAACUGAGGGAUCAGAAUCUGGCAAUCUCAUGGUGAUUCCUAUCUUGAAAAAUCUAACAUCUGUACUUAAUUGCUGUUUCAAAUUAAAUAAAUAAUACUGCUAUAAUUUGUAGCCCCCUUCAUUCAAGUUUUAUAAACAAUUACAUUGUAUAGUCUAAAAACUAAAUUUACAGAAAUAUCCUUCAAAAAUAACACUUGAUUUAUUAUGUGUCUCUGUUUAUUAUAUUGAGGUUCCGUUAUUCAAAUACACUCUUAAUGCAAGUCUGUGUCUCAGCAUCUAUAGUUCAUGUACUGUUACAGUGAUUCACAGUUUGCCCCUUACUAGUGCAUCCUUUUUUUUUUUUUCAUUCUUUUUUAAAAAAAUGCGGAUAUUCUUAACUACCUAAGUGAACAUUCCUACCAUGCAUUUAAUUUGAUAGUGUUUUGGCACCAGUGGGCAAUGUUGCAAUAUUGUGCAUCAAUGUUCCUUUUAAAAUUAUUUAUUAAGGCCCUUGUGGAUAACUUACUGAAAAAAAUAUGGAACAUUAAGAUAAAUCGUGUAACUCUCAGUGCUGCUUCUAAAGAUUAUAUAUAAAAUACAGAAUAUGGAUGUAAAUUUAUUCUUCCAUUUCAGUUUUCCUUCCAGAAACCUCCUCAGUUGGGCUAAUAUUAUUAUUAUAAGUGUGCUGAUAUUUACAGUUCUACUCAGUUAUUUGGUACUUUUCCAAUAGCCUUGGUAUGCAGUCAUCCAUUCUUAUAUUCAAUUACCUAGAAACAUCAAGGUAUCCUCACAGGCUUUUAAUGUGAUUAAGCCAUGACUUAUUCAGUUUCUCUUAAAAUACCAUAAUCUUUUGUGUACAAUGCCAAAACUAAAGCAUUUGCAGGUAUUAAAUUGAAUGUUGUUUGCAUCUCCAUUUUGAUAGUCUGUCUCCCAGGUUAGAGUGAAACAUUGAUAUCAUCAUUCUAAUAUUUGACAGUGUUAUUAAUGAGCAUGGCUGAACCGGAAGACUUCAGAGAUGAUAAAUUGAUGAUGCUCUUGGCUAAAUCCCAUACAGAUGAGACUAUGUGAGUGUGGUGGAAACUAUAUUGGCAGUGGCAAAGACUUAUGUAUAUAUACCUGUGUGUACACUGGAGAGCAAGAUCUGAACUUUUACAUUGAGUUCCGAUUGUCAUUUUAACAAGUUUUCCCCACUCUCCAUAAAAUUCAUGUUCUAAAUGUGAACCAAAACAUCCUAAAAAAAUCCAUUUAGAUUUGCACAGUUACAAUGUAGAAGUGGUUCAGAAGCUUAAAAUAAUUAUAGGUCCAUUUGAUGGGUCUUGUGGAUUCAUUUUUAACUCCUUUUUACUAAAGAAGAAAGAGAGAACACAAACGUUCUGGUUGAAGGUAGGCAUUGAUAUCACUGAAGGUAAACAUGAAAAUUCCCUCUGUGGUGAAAAGUUGAUUUAUGGAUAUAGGUAGGAGCAAAUUUCUUCAGUGCUGAGGAAGUUUCUGUGAUCGCAUUUGCAGAGUAGAUGGAUUCUGCUCUUUAUUUUGAGAACUACCAUGCUACCAUGGUAAAAGACUGACUCAGAGUUUUACACUUUGUAGUAUACCCUUAGUUUCUGGAUGCCUCAUUUUCCAAUGUGCCGUUUAAAACAUCUGGAAAAGACCUGCUUUUCAGAUCGUGAAUAAUUAGCCCUUUCUAAAAAUCAUCCCUUAAGCUUUCAGUUUAAAGUACUCCAAAAGUCAGCAACUGGGCAUCACCGAUAGUGUUUUCUAUAGAAUAUUGACAAAAGUUCAAAUAUGGUUCAAGGAUAGAAUUUUCUAGCCUUUUGUUCUCUCUUGCUUGUGAGAUAUUAUUAUUAUUAUUAUUAUU